GGAGAGGACAGGGGAAAAAAAGCAGAAGUAGCAGCAACGAUUUAACAAACAGAAGUGCGUUACGCUAUAGGAUACGCAUCCAUAGCCGAAAAAGUCAAAUAACUGUGUCUGAAAACUGAGGGCUUAUCUUUUCAAGCAGGUGACCGGCAAUGGCUGUGAACGUAUACGCCACCUCUGUAACCAGCGACAACCUAAGUCGGCACGACAUGCUGGUUUGGAUCAAUGAGUCGCUACAGAUGAACCUCACCAAGAUCGAAAUGCUGUGCACAGGUGCUGCCUACUGCCAGUUCAUGGACAUGCUGUUCCCCAACUCUGUGCCUCUGAAGAAAGUCAAAUUCGGUGCCAAACUGGAGCACGAAUACAUCCACAACUACAAGCUCCUGCAAGUGGGUUUUAAAAAGAUGGGAGUCGACAAAAUCAUUCCAGUAGACAAGCUGGUUAAGGGGAAGUUCCAGGACAACUUUGAGUUUGUCCAGUGGUUUAAGAAGUUCUUUGACGCCAACUACGACGGAAAGGAGUACGACCCCGUGGAGGCGAGACAGGGGCAGGACGCCAUACCCAGCCCCGCCACCUCGGCCCUCAGCAAGCCCCCCAAGAAAGCCCUGAGUCAAACUCCACCGAGGCCUCCAGUUGCAAAGGUAGCACCUAAGUUGGCCUCUGUCAAUGCGAGGAAGCCGGGGAUGGGUGUUGGAGAUGAGAGGGCAGAGCUCAUAAAUGAGAUGGAGAUCCUGAAAACCACCAUUCAGGACAUGGAGAAGGAAAGAGAUUUUUAUUUUGGCAAGUUGAGGAACAUUGAGCUGAUUUGCCAGGAGAAGGAGGGAGAAGGUGACCCCACACUGCAGAGGAUUAUUGACAUCCUCUAUGCCACAGAUGAGGGUUUUGUGAUACCAGAUGCUGAGGAGCAGGAGGAGUUUUAAUUCAAGUCUACAAGCAACCUCUCACUUAGAUGUCCUGGUCUCCAGCCCCUCUUCAAAGUCUUUCAUUGAGCCGCGACGGUUUGGCUCUCUGUCCAACACAAAGACUGACUCAACUUGUGUCUUACAGCACCACGAUGAUAAUCAACAAAGCCCGUCACUGCCUCCCUCCCACCUGUAAUGCCAUCCUACUCAAGCCAGAUGGUGCACUGCAUUUGUUUUUUGUUUUUCUUUUGUAACGGACAGUAGUUUGAAAAGUGUUUGUAUAUAUUUGUGUGUGCUUCAGAAAUCAAUUUGAAACAAAUGUAACUUAAAUAGCGUCUUUCUGAGGACCCAGCUGUCAGUCCACUGCUUUCAAAUUCACCUAAAUUGUUUGUUUUACGGUGCUGUAGCUCCUCUGUGCCUUUCAUGUUAGCAGUUUUAGUCAUUUGGAGGAAAGUGGGGAUCCGAAACACACUGUCCGAUCUUAUCCAAACAAGUUUGAGGUAUGCAUUGUAUCUUUUUCUAUUGUUCCCCAUUUUAUCAUGCAAUUUGAGAAUGCCUAAAGUCACAUAUUUAAGAAAACAUUCUGUACCUCUCAGCUAUAGCUGAUAUAAACGAGCAAAGAUUGAGGAAGACUUGUAGGUUGCAUACACUGAUAUCUAAGGGCUCUUUGUUCAUUGUUGGAUAAGGCAACAAUCCAGGUCUUCUUUUGGCCUUUUUACAUACAUGACCAGUUGCUGCCACCAAGGACGCCAUCUUAUUUGGUCAAAAAGUGCUCCUGUUCCCAUCACUGUGUACCUUGUAUCUUGCUUUAUAACAUUCUCGGGCAUCUCAUGCCCGUACGUUUUGUGGAACGCUGUUGCUAUUUUAGGCUCGAUCUCUUUUUCUCUACAAAUUUUGAUUACUAUUUUUUUCCAUUUAGAAAAUUUGAGCAGAAACAUGUUUUCCCCCCCCAGACACAGUGGUUGAGAAAGCGGUUUACACAUUAAAAAAUGCUUGUCGUUCAAUUCCUAUUUCAUUUGAAACACCCCUUUUUCUGUUCACAUUGCCGGUUUCUUAAAUAUGCAGUUCUUGAGAUCCAGUAAGAAGAAGAAAAAGGUGUCUGGCUCACGGAGUUCAUGUGAAAUGAAGUGUUGAAAUGUUUGCAGGGGGUAGUUUCCCGACCAACAGACGAAUGCAAAGUAAAAAGUGCUAAAAAGCCAUGAUUGUUUUGUAUGGUUUGUGUUUGGAGGCAUUUGCUAGGCAGAUGCAGUAUUAUUAUUAUUAUUAUUAUUUUCCUGCUUUUUUUAUUUUUAAACCAAUGGCCGUUAAGCUAGCCCUGAUUUGUAAUGAAACUACAAUACAUGAUAGACCCUGAGUUUGCAACAUGCCUCAGGCCAUCUUCUAGAAGUGUUGUCAUGGCCAAUAGUUGUUUUUCAAUCACUGAUUGAAUUAUUCUUAGGAAGCGUCUGCAUAGCCUUUGCUUUUUGUUAACGUGGGAUCUAAAAGAUAGUCAUUUGUCCUACUAUUUGCGAACAGCAGAUUAUAUAGGUUAUUUGCAGGAACAUUGCAUUCCUUGGAUCUGGUUCCUGAGGAAUUUUUAACGUAGAAGCCUAUUUGAACUUUCUUCUUGUGGUUCAUUUGACUUUAAAAGAUUUUUUUAAAAGGGUGUUUGAUUACAAAACUAUUCAAAAACAUUCAGCAAAUGUUUGUAAUGUUAGCAUUUUUUUAAAUCUAUUUUUUGUAAAUAAAUGAUAUGGCAAGCACCCUUCUGGGCAAAAAAAAAAAAAAGCUCAGCAGUGGCCAGUUGCAGCUGGCCGCAAGUCUUCCAGCACCUUCUCCUCCAACAAACAAGUGUUUACGUGUUUCACGUCACAUCAAACAACUCCCACACAAAAACAGCCUCUUCUGGAUUAUUUGUAGACCUCUUCAGCAAAAAAACAAAAAAAAAACAAA